AUGAAAAAGAAUUUAGUAAUAUUAUAUUUCAUAAUUUUCACCUUUAGUCAUAUUCUAACAGUUAAUACAAUACAGAGGAGUUUAAAAGGGAAUCUUAAAAAUGGAAAUAGAAAUAAUAGAGAUUUACAUAAAGAGGAGUAUUUAAUGAAUUUUGAAAUUAUGAAAGAUAAAAACAAUAUAUCAUAUAUGCAAUUAAAUUCAUCAACAUUUUUUAAUAUUUUAGCAUCUACUAGAUUAAUGAGAAAUUCAGGUGGAGCAAUGUCGCAACCACCCAUUUAUAGAUAUGUACCAAAUCUUCAUGAUCAUAACGAAAAUAUAGGUGCUAGUUUAGUUUUUUUUAUGUUUAUGAUUUUAAUUUUUUUUGUUGUCUUUUUUAUUUUUUAUUUUAUUUUCAAGCAUCAUGUAAAACAUAUAAAAUUUAUGAACAGUUAA